CUAGUUACAUCGAAAGUACCCAUUCAGUUGUAUAUCACAAAUAAUACGAAAAAUAUUAUACAUUUUUUGAGUGUCACCUUUUCAAGGGAACGUAAAUUUUAGAUUUAUAAAUUUAACUCGAUCGUAAAUUGUCCGUUUAAGUGACCGAUUUGCCUCUCUUUCGGCCCAAAACCAAGAUAAGCGAACAGCGGACCAUGUCGUCUCAGUUCUGUGCGAAGUGCGGUAGCUCCAGCGGCAACGACGAAGUGGCGACCAUGGAUCCAACUGAAAGUGACUUUGCCCUGGAGCUGAAGCCGGCGCCCAAGCAGACCUGCAUUCCGGAACACCAUCGCCGAAUGGCCAUCUCGGAAACCAACGUAUACCAGCGGGAGAUUGGUUACGAUGUACCGGAAAAGUCGUGGUCAGUCCUGUAUUUUGGUGCCGGCAAGGACAGAGCCUUGAAGUAGAGACAACAAAACCGCAGAUCAGACAGAUGACCCGUUCUCCAUCACAAUGUUCCGUAUAAGCAGCAAUUUAAAUCGAAUGUCUGCAACCGCCUGGCCCACUGAUUGACUCCUUCGCCACCACAUCCAUCCACCAGUCAUUCAUCAGAUGUCGCGAAAUGUUAUAUAAAAUUGAAAUUCGCCCUCGUGCCAGUGCAUAUGUGAUCUUUUUGUGUGGGUCGUGGGUACGGCUGCAAUUGAUGAUGUUGUCUCCGGCGGUUCUGAUACGUACGAUUGUGAUUAAUGGAGACAGCGUCAUUGAGCGCGAUCUGCGGCGCUUCAGACAUAUAGUACAAUACUAUACUACUUCGCACAGCGAUCGCAGAACUAUCCAUGAUGUCAUUCAUGGCACCCGACACAUUGAGCCAAGAUUGCUCUUGAGAAGUGUCAGUUAUAUCAAAAGCGGAAAUAAUGGCUUAAUGAGACAAAUGACGCGACGCUGACACAUCUGACAGUUUCUAAAUACGUGUGAAAUUCAUCAAAUUGAUCCCCAAUGUUUGCAAUCAUCUAUCCAAUGUCAGUUAUGAAAAAUUUGGCAAAUGGUCUUAGCACGAAAUGAUAAUCUCCCAAUGAAUAAUCUAAAA